ACACUUCCCUUUUGAUGCGACGUCCUAGAAAAAACCCUCGGCCUUACCACUGGGCCCCGAAAAGAAGAAGUUUUUUCUCUCGACCCUCUCUUCUUCAUCCUCUGGUUAAUUCGCCACAUCGAUCUUCAUGGUGAUGUUGUAGAUCUCUCUCGUUGACGAAACCCGGUUUCCCAGUUCGUGCAUUGGAUCUCGAGGCCAAGCUUCCACCAGCAACGCUCGGCAGGUCUUGGUUUUGGUUGGGUCGUGUGAUAUUUUCGCCGAUCUAAGAUUGGUGAACGAGCUGCUCUGUUAUUGUCGAGAUGUCGACGUAUGACGAAGUUCUGAAGGCGGUCUUUCCUUUUCUGGAUGGCACAGACCUGGCUUCUUGUAUGGUUGUGUGUAAGCAGUGGAGAGAGAUAGCCAGAGAUGAUUACUUUUGGAAGUGCCUAUGUGCCAGAAGAUGGCCUUCGAUUUGCAAACGACCAAACUCCUUUAGGGUAACCUACUACGAACUAUAUCAAACAUUCCACAAACGCCAGCAACGGAAAGCACUUCUUCCCCCGCGACUUUGCUUCGAGUACUUGGAAUUCUUUAUUGACAUAUGGACUGAGGAUAAAUUGAUCUUCUCAGAAGUGGUCCCAGGCCCUACCCUUGAGGCCGGAAUAAAGAACCCACCUUCCGGAGUGAGUGAAGGGAUUAGGCUUCACCUAGAGUGUCCUCAGUACAAGUUGACAAUACCUGUAGAUCCGAGAUUCACUGUGGCUUUCAGCCAAAACCUGACUGUUUCGGUGCUCGUAAGACGCAAGGAUUCUAAUAGAGUUGCUUGCAUCAUCAAUAAGUCAACUUUUGGCUAUACAGAUCGAACAUCAAAUAGGUUCAUGGCAUUUGAAUACCUCGACUUUUCUCCUCUCUAUCCUUUCAUUUCUAAUACUCGAGCAUGGAUUUCUUUGCUUUUUAUGGACAAGGAUCAAAAUGAGGGUGUCAUUGAUGUUUUUGGUAUCGAAGUGGACUUCUGUGAUGCUGCAAACUCCAAGGAAGAGGUACUCUGGCUAAUAGACAUGCUUGAUUGGAAAUAAGGGACCGAUGCAUUGAAAGCAGAAUAGUGGCUAAACUUGUUCAUUAAUAUGUAUUUCUGUAUACCAGCAAGUAUUUAGUGGCUGCACCUGGUACUGAGUACAAGGUAUAUUUAUGGGAUUUGCCUUCUGUCAAUGCUACAGUUAGCUGGACUGAUGGGGACUUCAUGUCAUCUGUUGUAGAUAGUCUCUGUCCAAUUUCAAUAAAAAUGUACAUCUGUCAAUGUCAACUUUCGAA